AUGAGUAAACUGUGGGCACGGCCAAGUCGAGUUCAUUUGAUACAGUUGAUUCAUGGUUUCAACUCUCUCAUAUCGAUUGUAUGGGCAGGGAUAUUAAUCGGAGCCGCUACCAAGAUAAACUUAUUCACGACAACCGCCGCUGCCUUAAGUGGUCUUGGAAACUAUAGUGGAUUCGCUUACCCGGCUACCUUUGUCUACAUGCUGGUUCCUGCAGUGUGUUCAGUCGUAUUAAGUUUGAUCCUCGCCUUUGAUCCCAGCCCAGGGUAUACAUUUUGGAAGCCAUCAAAGACAUUAACGGUUACUAUUGGGUGCUUUGGAAUCGCAUCCUUGAUGUCGGCCUUGUUGCCUCUAGUGCCUGGCGCGGAUGUGAUAACAACCCCAGAUUCAGCUUUAGAUUGUACUUGGACCAAUUACAUGACAUGGAAGGUUAUCUUUGGAAACAUAGGAGCGUUUCCUUGGGUGUCGGCUAUGGACACCGCUUGUUCCUGUUUUCAUGCAGCCGAUAUAUUUGCUUGGAUAAUUGGGUUUGUCUGGCUUGGGCUCACUGGUCUUUAUUGUUAUCGAAUUCGCACAGCCAUAAAUUAUGUUUCCAAUUCUGGCAAAACUGAAGCACCCUUUGACUCCAAAUCAACUGCAUGGCCUAUGGCAACUCUCACUUCUCCUACAAAUGACAGCACAAAGUAUGAAGUUCCUGACAAAUACUGA